AUGUCAGAAGAAACCAAAGAAACUCAAUCAGGUGGUGAAUUAGAAUCAAUUGAUAUUUCCCAAAAAGAACAAGAACAAGAAGAACAACGAACAAUUUCAAGUAAUACACCGGGAGAAAUUAAUGACACUCCACCAGAACUUCCACCAAAAGAUAAUAUUCCCACUACCAAUGGAAUCGAUACCAAUUCUCAACCUAUUACGUUUUCAUUAACAGAUAAAGUUUCACAAAUCUCGGCAAUUAGACAAGUUGAAAUAUAUUCUUCACCCCAAUUGAAUGAAGUAUCUGAUUUAUUUGUUAAUAAUACUAUUGGAACAGAUACUAUCAGAAGUAGAAUUGAUAGUUUAAAGGGGGAGGGUGGUGAUGAUAUUUCUGAAGAUUUGAAGUAUUGGAUAAGUUAUAUUGAAGAUUAUAGUAAUCAAUUCUUAAGACUGACUAAUGGAAUUGAAGAAUUAGAAGAACAAAUUCUUAAAGGAAUUCCUUCAAAUAUUCGAUAUUUGGUUUAUUUAAAGACUUUACAAGUUAGAUUUAAAUUGAACCCUAAGGAAACAUUUUCUAGUUUACUUGCUCGAGCUAAGACUGCUAAUUGUAAUAAAGAUCAAUUUAUUGAAAAUUUGGAUUUAGAUAUUAAAGCAAAAGAAGUUUUAAUGGUUCUUAAUUAUUAUGUUAAUGAAUUAACUAAUAAUAACAAUUCAGGUCAAGUGGAUUCAAUUGGUGGUGUUGGUGCUGCUAAUGCAACUAUCAUAGAAGAUGGUUUAAACGAAACCGAUGGUUCCAGUAAUCAAAGUAAUAAAUUACCAUUUAAUAAAUCAUUAAUUCAUAUUUGCAAAUAUUUAUCAUCAAUAUCGGAAUUUUCCCAAGAAGAAAUGUUUUAUGUUUUAUUAAAGUUUAAUAAAUUAUUCUUAAAUUUAAUUAAAGAUGAAUUGUUUUAUAAGAUUAAUCGAACUUUAGAAGAUGAAUUAAAAGAAGAAUUUAAUCAUAUAAGUUUUCAAGGAAUUAAUUUGAAUGAUUUUUAUAAGAAUAUUUUAUUUAAUUUCUAUGAUGAUAUCUUUGAAUUAGAAGUUAGUUUAAAGAUUCUUGAUUUUGUUAUAUUUGAAGGAUUUGAUUUUAUAUUAAGAUUGAUUGUAUGGUCAUUCAUAAGUAAUAAAGAUAAAAUCAAUCAAUUAGAAGGUGAUGAUUUACUUAGAUUUAUUCAUUCAAAAGAAUUCUUUACUGAAUUAACAAUUGAUUUUAAUCAAGUAUUAGAACAAGAACCACAAAUUAUUAAAUAUGAAAAUGAAUUUCAUUUAAUUCAUGCCAAUUCACUUUGUAAUAAUACCAAUGAAUUAACUAAUUUAAAAGAAGUUAAUGAAGAAUUAAUUAUUAAAAUAAAUGAAUUGAAAAAUAAGAUUAAUAAUCUUCAAAUAACUCAUGAUGAAAUCUUACAACAAAGUGAUCAAUUUAAAGAUGAAUUAACCAAUGCCAAUGAAGAAAAUGAAAUCUUAUUAUCAACAAAAUCUGAAUUAGAUAAGAAAUAUGAACAUUUAACUAUGAAAGAAAAUCUUAAUAAUACAAUUAAAGCCAAUAAAGAUUUUCAACAAACAAAUAAAGAAUUAGAACAACAAGUUGAAGAAUUAAAGAAAUCGAUUGAAUUAAAGAAAUCUAAAUUGGCGAAAUUUAUUCCAACUCCUUCUCCCCCACCGGUUGAUCAAGUUGCUAAUACUACUAGUACUGAUGCUGCAAAUGAAACUCCUGCUUCUACCGAGGAACCAACUAAAGAGGAAGAUGUUACCUCCUCUAAUGCGGCUACCGAAACAACGCCUGAAGAAACCCAAGAGGUCAUAGAAGGUUCUAAGUAG